AUGGAGUUCAGCCCGACGCAACCUUUCACGCCGAAUGAAUUCUUUCCGGCUUCUGUUGAACAUCAGAAUGGCGCAAAGAUACGUGCUCGCCGUCCAUGUGAUCCUUGCCGACGCCGCAAGUCGCGAUGCGAAGUAAUUGGAGGCAAUCCACCCUGUCUUCUGUGCCGCUUCCAUCGACAGGAAUGCACUUUCAAUGACGACCCACAGCCACGGAAACGGCGAGCAGCGGCCAUGAAUGAAGAGCUUACUCCAGCCAACCGGGUUCAAUCGUCUGUUGUUCUUGAGACUAGUAGAAGUGCUGGACUGUCACCUCAAGAUGGACCGAAGAUUCGACAAGAUCAGCCUAUUGACGAUUAUGCAAAUUUGAGAGGACCUUCACUACUAAAAAAAACUCUAGGUCUACAGUCACACAGGCACAGUCGACUUAUAGGCUCCACUUCCGAGUAUGAGCAAUUGCUCCUGGAACUUGAUCAAUCUGGAGGAAAGGGGGAAAUUGCUUUCGGUCUGUCUGCACUGAGAAGGGUUUCUGUUGAUACAACAUUCGUAUUGUCGCUAGAUGUGGGGACACAGAAUCACCAAAACGAUAUACCAGACCUAGAUGCGAUCGAGACGAUUGUUGCACCCCACGGCCAAGCUCUGAUACAUCUGUAUUUUCGAAUAGUGCAUCCCAGUUUUCCAAUCUUGCACAAGAAGGUGUUUUUGGAAAAGUAUGAGCGAACCCAUCGAGAGUUCUCUCCACCACUUUUGGCCGCAGUAUACCUAUUAGCGUUGAAUUGGUGGUCUUACUCAACUGAACUGUCCUUCCUUCCGAAGCCUGAUGUUUCUCGCCUGGAGAUGCUAGCACUGACAUCUAUAAGUAACAUCAUCCAUCGGCCGAAGCUCUCUACCAUCCAAGCGGGACUGCUCUUGCUUCAACGCCCCGAAGGAGAUUGCUGGGCGCUAACUUCUCAAUUGGUCGGACUUGGGCAACAGUUGGGUCUUCACCUUGAUUGCACCAGUUGGAAAAUACCCCUGUGGGAAAAGGGGUUGAGGAAGCGCCUAGCGUGGGCGAUAUUUAUGCAGGACAAGUGGGGUGCUCUAGUACAUGGAAGGCCGUCGCAUGUAACGUCCACAGACUGGGACGCGCAGCCUCUUCAGGACGACGACUUCCCCGAGAAUGCUGCUGACGAGGAUGACGAAGACGGCAGUACUGAGGUGGAGAAAGGGCGAACGCUUUUUUGCGAGAUGAUCAAGCUCACCCAGAUUCUAGCGCUCAUCCUAUCGAGCUUUUACACACUCAAGGCAGAACGCGAGUUUGCACGUCGUGCGCACGAGGGAGUGCGUUGGAUCCUUGAAACGGCAAAGCCCUUACAGAUAAGCCUUCGACAGUGGCACUCUAACUUACCGGUUACCUUGAAGAUGGAGGAUCUGGCCGCAAGGAAGCUUUCUUCAACAGGCUAUCUUCACCUUGGAUAUUACGCUGUGGAAAUCACAUUGCAUCGACGGAUUAUACGCUCUUUGUCUUCAGCAGAUGAGCCAGUUCUUCGAUCGAUAUGCCGCCAAGCAGCCCAAACCCGGCUGAUUUCUGCCAUGGAGUUUGUUCAACAUCUUCGACCGGAACAUCUUCAGUCAUUUUGGUACUCGGCAUCAAAAUACAACUUCGCACUUGUUGGCACGUUCAUAUCACUCCUUUGGGCGACGGCGUCUGAUAAGGAAGAAGCCCAAACGUAUCGAGAGCGGCUCGACGAAUAUCGGUGGAUGUUGCGGCUGUCUUCGAAAUCUGCUGAUUUCCUGGAGCGCGCUCUGAGUAUGCUUGCUACAUCGACUGGUGUACUGGUCAAAGCUAUUCCGGAGAAGCCAGACUUUGAGCGAAUCCUGAAUCGAUACCAACGCCGAGCGAGAAACGACUCUUUUCCUGGAAUUGAGCAGUCUGGAGAUAUCUCACAUGUUCCACCGGUCACGUAUCAAUCGGAGUCAGAGCUCCAUGAAAAUACUUCCCCUGAAAACAUUGUGGGUGAGCCACCUUCGGAGAGCAACAUCGUCGGAAGUGAAUGGAAUGUACACCCGGCAUGGUUCAGUACACUGAGUGAGGCGAGUGGUACAUUUGGAGACCCUGACGGUGGCGAUCUGUCAAACGCCUAUAUAAGUCUGGAUGACAGCCAACUCGAACUUGACUUCCAACCACAGUAG